CCCUCUCUCUCAAUCAAAUCUCAAAAGCGCGAUGGAGGGAAGCAUGAGCGAGGCCGCGUUCGAUGCUCAGAACCUAAACCCUCGGAGAUUCAUCAACGAGAUCCUCAACUCCGUCGACGACAUCAUCGAUGGCGCCUUCGGCUUCGCCCUCGAGAAAGCUUCUGAGAUUACGGAUUCGGGGGAUUCGAGUGGAGGGAGGUCGGAGGAGCUGGCUCGGGGUGUUUCUGCUAUUCGCCAGUUGACACAAGGAGUUCUGGACAAGCGUAUGGAGAUGUGGGAGAAGUACUGUCUUCGACAUUGCUUUUCUGUUCCGGAGGGAUUUGUGCUUCCUACAGCUCAGGACUCUUCUAGUGAUAGUCUAUUGUUUCAAGAAGGAUUGGAUGAUGGGGAGCUUGAUUCUCAGUUAGGUUCCUUAAGAAACAAACUUGCUGCGGCUGGAAUGAAAUCUGUGGAGCUGCAAAAAGAGAUUCGUUCAUUGGAUAAUCAGUCUACACUGAGUCAUAGCUUGCAUUCUUAUGUAGCCGAGGCUAUAGAGCUGUUUGAGCAAAACUCAGCAGAUAAGAUGUUUCAAGAGAUAGGAGAAACCGCAUCAAAACUGCAAGCGAAGAUUGAGGAAGUGAAGACCAAGAGAAAGGGUGACAAAGAAUGUACAAGGAUUGGAUUAACAGAGAUUCCAUGCAAAAAACAACAUAUGGCACGUAACCUAGGCAUCCCUGCAAAGCUGAAAGACAUUCAAGAAGUUGCAAACAUUUUAAGGAACAUGUGAACAGCGACAUCUGAAGAUAUACUAUAUUUGAUGCAAUGUACUGUAGUAUCUUGUUUAGUUUAGCAGAAGGCUUUUAUUUGAAGAUUUGCACAUUACCAACUUGACUUUAUGUAUUUUAGCUAUUGUUAACGGUGUAAUUGACAAUUCUAUUUCUCAAGAUCCAGUGAAACAGUGUAUUUGUCAUCACGUUGACCAGUUCUGUUGUUGGGUGAUAUAUGUCUGACACUAGAUCUGUAUUAUGAUUGAACGGUUAACAACAGCUUUUACCUUGUCAAAGCAAAAUUAUGGGGUCUCAUCACACUAAAGUAUGACACAUGUUAUUCUAGAACAGGUCACUCUAUCUCUAUAUAUACAACUCCAUCCACAAGCUAUUCACAAAAAACAACAUUAAUCCCUUUCUCGUAAUAUUAUUGUAAGCAAUGUCGAAUCCUCAGCAGCAAUUCAGUGCGGGCCAAGCACGUGGAGUUGGUGUGGCACAGGCAGACAAAUGGGUGGGAUCUGAGACCAACAGCCUUCAGGCUCACAGGUCAGAUGCAGCCCAGUCGGUUGAGGAGACUAAGGAGCAGGCUGCUGGGUUACUUCAGCAGACUGGGGAGCAAGUGAAGCAAAUGGCACGGGGUGCAGUUGAGACUGUGAAGAACACCCUUGGAGUCGGAGACCACAACAACAGCAGCAGGAGCUGAAUGAAGCAAAAAAGAAAGGACCCGACACCUUCCCUUUUGAAUCUUGUUUCUCUGUUUUUUCUUUUUCUUUUUUUCUUUUUCAUCGAUGAAAUUGUCUAUCUAUUGUUUCGAUCCUCUCAUCACGACGGAGGAGUGGUUGGUUUGUUACUUUGUUUAUUAGCUGCAGUAAUGCUGAAAUGAAAAUGAUGAAGCUGAUUACCCACAAA